GCGUUUCAAAUGAAAUCUCACUCUGACUUUUUGUCAACAUAAAUACAAACUGCCUAUCUUUAAAAAGUGAAUAUCCACAAUACACAAAGUAGCACCAAAUUACCUUAAACCUUCCUCGACGUCAUUCCGCAUCAUACCCCGGGAACAAACGAUAACCUUUCUACUUUCGGACAUUUUUAGACGGACUUCUCUACCACUGCAUCCGAACAUAUUUAAUUGAAGGUUUCUUACCCACCAGCAAUCACUUCUGACACAUACAUACAUACCACAACUCAUUCUCGUCGCGCAUCGUCAAGAAGACAUGGCGCCUUUCAUCGACCAAGUCGGUGCCGAAUUGGCAAAGCGCCAGCGAUAUUGCGAUAAUGGAUACUACGACAGAUACGGCAACUGCUACAGUGCAUGGAAUUGGUACGGCCGCUGGAUCUUCGCGGCCGUAGUCAUCGUUCUGAUUCUCGCCGUCUUCUUCCUGUGGGCAUGCAUCAAUUCUCGUCGUCGCAGACGCCAAGGCCUUCAGCCAAUGUAUGGUACGGGUUGGAUGGCUGGCAACCAAGGCCAGAACGCGUAUUACAACAACAACAACCCCCAAGGCUAUAGUGCCCACCCUCCUCCUCCGGCGUACGGACAGGCGUAUCCGAUGGACAACCAGUACACCGGAACUACAUUCAACCGUGACGAUGGUUACUAUGGUCAACAUGAAGGCGUCGUACAGCCCCCGAAGAACGUCUACAACAACGGCGCCGCCAAGACUGACUACGCACCUCCUGAGGGCCCCCCUCCCAACCGAUAAAUCAGGAAAGUGAUCAGACAAGUGGAGGACAGCAGACUUGGAACAUACCCUGAUUGAUUUGGUGGUGUAAGGCGUUCAUUUAAAGGGUCGGUUGCUUACUCGGCGUUGGUAAUGAGGACGGGCAUAGGGAAUGAACAAGUAGUAUGUCUGCACGAUUCUGCACGUCGUUGGGAAGGGUCACAAGUGGUCAAGAAUGGGUUUCGUUCUUUUGCCUUCAUACCUACUUACGGGUCACUUCAUGUGUACCUUCAUAAUGCUUAUUGACUUCCGGGUUGCCCCGGAAAAUGUCUCUAAGUCUUCACCUGGUGAAGUUCUCAUUCUAUUACAAUAGUUGUCUAAUGACACAGGCUUUCACAACCUGCAAAAGAUCUCAGUUCCAUGC